GUGCUUUCCUAAUGUUUUAGCUGUUCGUUGAGUUGGAAGCCCACUGGAUGUGAACUGAUUUAGUGUCGAGGGACCCACAUUUUCAUAUGGUAGAGUCUGCACUGCAUACCGACGCGUUGGUUCCGAAUGGAGUUUUAACUCAAAAGCAACUGACCUUCGCGAGCGGAACAUUUAACCCAAGCGAAGGUGUACGCGGUGAAAGAUGCAAACUCAAAUCCGCGCUGAAAAGACGAAGACAAUCGGCCGAAUGGGACAGAUACUCUCUCUUGGAUCGAUCCAGCUGGUUCAAGUCGCAAAUGUCUUGUGCCCCACCUGUGACAAGGUAUUCACCUAACUGGUCUAUACUUUCAUCUAUGAAAUACCAUCCGGUGAAACAGACGUCUAGUUUCAAAAAUACUGGCCGUCGCUCGGAUGUGUACUCAUCCUACGGAACGGGACGAUUGCUGCUGCCGGGCGCAUAUAAUUUGCAAGAAUGGGAAGAAAAAAGAAACCCGUGCUUGCGCACAUUUUCAUUCAAGAAUAGACCUAGAAUUUUCGAAGAUAUGUAUUUUGGAUUGGCGGAUAAGACUCUGAAAACCGCUCCUGGUUUGUACAACCCACAUUCGCUUGGUUCAGACGAUCGAAGUGGAGUUCAUCACGCUGUGUUCAAAUCGAAAUCUCUACGUUUAUUUACCCGGAUGACCGCGACCAAAAGUCCUGCCCCAAAUACAUACAGACCUAUGAGCACUAUGUCUAUCCGGAAAAUAUCCUCACCCUUCUGCUCUACCGUACCCAGGUUCCCCCGUUCGAAAUCGGUCGUACCUGGCCCCGGUUCAUACGAUCCUCCGACUCAUGUCUUCAUAUGAACAAGGCUGUCACUUGCUCAUCCAUCCAACGACAAACCGUUUUGAUGUGUAAUCGGCAAAAGAACAUUAGAUUCGGUCUGCUUAACCGGAAAUCGGAAACCAGCCACACUUGUACCCGUUGAAAUAUAACCCCUGAUUCUGUGUUUUUAUCCAGUUUAUCCAAGCAUUCUGCAUUACUCCCUGUCGGUCAGCCAUUUGAGUAAAGCGAAUGGUGUUGGAAGUGUUUUCUGUGCUACUCGAUCUCAAUACGGGUGUGUAGUAAGCAAAUACUCUCGAAAAUGUUCCCACGUCUGAUGUGGCCUCAGCCGUUGGAAUCAGAGGGUCCACUUUCAAGGCAACGUAUCACCAAAGCUGUGAUUGUAUGGUGCGGUCCAAACACACUGCGUGUAAUCAAAGAUGUAACGAUGAACCUGUCACCUAAUCGUCACUUAAAAAGUCC